AUGCAUUGUGUUUUUUUUUCUUUUCUUUCUAGUUUUUCUCUCUUCAGUUAUGUUAAGUUUCAUUCUUACAUGACAGUCUUCGCUUAUGAUCUAAUAAUAAUUUCUUUCUUUUCCUCAUCUUUCCUUUCUGACAAUAUCACAUUUGCCAUAUCUUAUUUCUUUCUUUUUAAGAAUAAUUUCUUUCAUUACUCCUUUCUUUCUUUCAUUCUUUCUUUCUUUAAUUCUUUCUUUCUUUCUUUCUUUCUUUCUUUCUUAGCAAGGUUUUUUUUUUCUUAUAAUGGAUUUUUUUCUUUUAUUCGUUGCUUUUUCGUAUUUCUUUAUUUUCCCGCACAUUUCUUUCUUUCUUUCUUUCUUUCUUUCUUUCUUUCUUUCUUUCUUUCAAUACGUUCAUUUUCUUUCUUUAUUUCUUAUAAUAUCUUCUUCCUUUCAUGUCAUUUUUCUUUCUUAGUUACUUUUCGACUGCCUUCACGGCAUCCAUUCUUCACUUUUAUUACUAACCGAGGCGUUUCUUUCCAUUUCCUUCGCUUAAUAUAUUUUAUCUAUCUAUCUAUCUAUCUAUCUAUCUAUCUAUCUAUCUAUCUAUCUCAUAAUAUAUUUUAUCUAUCUAUCUAUCUAUCUAUCUAUCUAUCUAUCUAUCUAUCUAAAUGUUUAUUGUUGGUAAUUUUUUUUAUCUAUCUAUCUAUCUAUCUAUCUAUCUAUCUAUCUAUCUCAUUGGUUCUUUUUUGCUGCAAUAGUUGGUUCUUUUAUUAUUAUUAUUAUUAUUAUUAUUAUUAUUAUUAUUAUUAUUAUUAUUAUUCCUCCGAUAAGAACCUUCCACAGUCAAACCUUUAUGUCUUUAUACGACCCAUUUUUGAUGGCUUCAUGUGA